UGAGGAAGAGGAUGGUGAAGAAGACUGAAAUCAGAACCGAGCAAAUGCAGGAAGAGAACAAGAAGCUGUGCAGAGAGUUCAAAAGAAAACGGUCAUCGAGGCGAUAUAUCAAUGCAAGAGCAGAGGCAGAAACUCCCAGCAUGGCAGAAGAGAGAGGCCAUAUUGGAGUGUUUGGUUAAGAACCAGGUUCUCGUCAUCAGUGGGAUGACCGGGUGUGGGAAAACCACUCAGAUUCCUCAGUUUAUUCUGGAUAAUUUUCUCCUGACUGGGCGGCCGGAUAGAGUAGCCAACAUUAUUUGCACUCAGCCACGCAGAAUCUCUGCCAUUGCUGUUGCAACCCGAGUGGCUCAGGAGCGAGCAGAGGCCCUGGGGCACUCCACAGGCUACCAGAUCCGCCUGGAGACCGUCAGGUCCUCCAUCACCAGGCUGAUGUUCUGCACAACUGGUGUUUUGAGGAGGUUAGAAGGUGAUCCUGAGCUCAGCGGCGUCACACAUGUGAUCGUGGAUGAGGUCCAUGAACGAACAGAAGAGAGUGACUUCCUCUUGCUGGUUUUGAAGGAUCUGAUUGUAAAAAGGACAGAUCUGAAAGUAAUUAUGAUGAGUGCAACACUGAAUGCUGAACUGUUCUCACAGUAUUUCAACAACUGCCCCAGCAUCCAUAUACCAGGACGUACUUUCCCAGUAGAGCAGUUCUUCCUUGAAGAUGCCAUUGCCAAGACCAGGUAUGUAAUUGAAGAUGGCAGUCCAUACCGGCGCUCCACAAAGCAAAAUCGUUCCUCCGGUCAGGGUGGUGCAACUGGGAAGGGACGGGCUCCUAUUGAAGACUUUGAUGAUAAUAUGACGUGGCUGGUCCUUCACCUCCUUCAGAAAAAAGGAGUCCGUCAGGACUCAGUUUCUGAUCAGCAGCUCAGUCAACAGGAUCUCACUGUCCGAUAUUGCAAUUAUUCAAAGUCUGUGGUGAAAACAUUGGCUGCUAUGGAUCUUGACAAAAUCAACAUGGACCUGGUGGAGAGUCUGUUGGAGUGGAUUGUUGAUGGAGACCACAGCUACCCUCCAGGGGCUGUUUUGGUCUUCCUACCAGGGCUGGCUGAAAUAAAGCAAUUAUAUGAGCAGCUGCAGUCUAACAGGAUGUUCAAUAAUAGAAGAACAAACAGGUGUGUAGUUUAUCCUCUACACUCGUCCCUGUCCAAUGAGGAGCAGCAGGCUGUGUUUACCCGCCCACAGGAUGGUGUAACCAAAAUCAUCAUUUCCACAAACAUUGCUGAAACAUCUGUCACCAUCGAUGAUGUGGUGUAUGUCAUAGACUCUGGACGGAUGAAAGAGAAAAGGUAUGAUGCCAGUCGCAGUAUGGAGAGUCUAGAAGAUGUGUGGGUGUCCCGUGCCAAUGCUCUUCAGAGAAAAGGCCGUGCUGGUCGUGUGGCAUCAGGGGUUUGCUUUCAUCUGUUUACAAACCAUCGCUUCACACACCAUCUGAGCCAACAGCAGCUGCCGGAGAUCCAGAGAGUUCCUCUGGAGCAGCUCUGUCUAAGGGUUAAGGUGCUGGAGGUGUUUGCAGAGCGUCCUCUGGACUCUGUUUUCUCUCAGCUGAUUGAGCCGCCCACAGAAGGCAGUUUGGCAGCAGCUAAACAGCGUCUGUGUGCCCUUGGUGCCCUGACUGAUGAGGAGUCUCUAACUCCACUGGGCUGGCAUUUGGCCUGUCUGCCAGUCGACGUGCGCAUUGGUAAACUCAUGCUGCUGGGAGCCAUCUUCCGCUGCCUGGACCCUGCCCUCACCAUCGCGGCCAGCCUGGCCUUCAAGAGUCCAUUCGUGUCUCCAUGGGAUAAACGAGAAGAGGCUAAUGAGAAGAAGUUGGCUUUCUCUCUGGCGAACAGUGACCAUCUAGCUUUAAUGCAGGCGUACAAGGGUUGGUGUAACGCCGCUCAGACGGGCUUUAAGGCUGGAUAUCAGUACUGCAGAGAAAACUUCCUUUCAAUCCGAGGAUUACAGGAAAUAGCAUGUCUUAAAAGGCAGUUUGCAGAGCUCCUGUCUGACAUUGGCUUUGUGAAGGAUGGGCUGAAGGCCAGGGUCAUUGAAAAAAUGAGCUCGAAGGGAAGUGAUGGGGUGCUGGAGGCUACAGGUUAUGAGGCCAACCUGAACUCUGACAACACAAAGCUGAUGUCAGCCAUGCUGUGUGCAGCCCUCUACCCUAAUGUAGUCCAGGUGAGAUCUCCCCAGGGGAAGUAUAAGCUCACUAGCAAAGGAGCUAUGAAGAUGCAGCCCAAAGCAGAGGAACUGCGCUUCAUGACUAAGAGCGAUGGGGCCGUCCACAUUCAUCCCUCAUCUGUCAACUUCUGUGUGCGCUACUAUGACAGUCCGUACCUGGUGUACCAUGAAAAAGUGAAGACCAGUCGAGUGUUUAUCCGUGACUGUAGCAUGGUCUGUGUGUAUCCCAUGGUGCUGUUCGGCGGGGGACAAGUGAAUGUGGAACUGCAGCGUGGACAGUUCAUCAUCUCUCUGGAUGAUGGCUGGAUCAAAUUUGCUGCUGCGUCUCAUGAGGUGGCUGAGCUGGUGAAAGAGCUGCGGUGGGAGCUGGAUCAGCUUUUAGAAGAGAAGAUCAAAAAUCCCAGUAUGGAUCUGAUCAGCUGUCCUAGAGGAUCUCGCAUCAUACACACAAUUGUGUCACUUAUCUCAACACAGUAACGGUUUGUCAAUCAAAUACACAUGGGAUGUUCACCUGAAUACCUUAUAACACGAGUUGAAGUUUUGUUGACGUUCAUUUUAGAUUCAUUCUCUUUGACGGACUAGUUUGUUGAAUUUUGACAUUGUGUGAUUCCACACAAACAGUAUCUGAAUCAGAGUCCACGUUGGACUGCUUUCAAUAAAUAUCUAUAUUAAAAAAAAAGUAGUAACAGAUUGCAUGUAAAUGAAUCUUGAAUGUAUGGUGUGAGAGAUACAUGAACGUACUUGUUAAAUAUUAUAAAAGACAAUGGUGUUUUGAGUUCUUCUAUGAUGAUGAUGAUGUGAGACUACUAUGAAAUCUGCCAAAUAAUGCAUUAUCAAAUGUAGGCCUGUGCAAUUAAUCGAAAAUCCGGUUUCGAUUUUGGCUUCUAACGAUUAUGAAAAAACAUUAAUCGAGAUAAAUAAUUUACCGCCCCCUUUCCAGUUGUACACAUUUGUUGCUUGUCAUAGCUCAGUUUGACGUGAAAAUGACUAAAAGCAUGUACUGUAAUGUAACUUUUGCAGCACGGGAUGCGCAUCAUUCAUUGGUGUACAUUCGAAUCAUUCAUGUUUUUAAAAGCGUGAAAGAGAUCGCAUGCUGUUGUGUGUAUGCGCUCAAGCUCAGAGACGAGCAGAGCACACACAUCAAAAGUCAUCUUAAUGCGAGCGCUUUAAUACAUGCAAAUUUGUGCCAACCCUCAUUUGUGUAAUAAACGAGUUGAGAAUCUAAAGACAUGUCAAAGUGAAACCAUUAAUCAGAACCGUACUUCUCUUAAAGUGACAGAGCACAAUAUUCCUGCUGCCGACUGUUUUUAUCAAUCAAACAACAAAAGGACAAAAUCACUCACUGCUCUUAACUGAAGGACUUUUGUAGCUAAAGUUUGUUUCAUAUUUUUAUUCUAUUGUAUUUAUUUCCCUUUCCUUAUUUACAGGGAGGAA